CCCCUGCCCUGCCUCCAUAAAAGGGAGCGCCGGGCGCCUGCUCCUAGCUGGGGCUCGCCUCUGCAGCGUCGCGACUGGCUGCCGCCCGGCCGCACUUACCCCCCCCCCCGCCAUGGCGAAGGAAGCGUCCGCUUCGCCGGCCCCCCUGAAAGCCGGGCGCUCUCCGGCAGGUGAAAUCACACUCAAAUCUGGAAAUAGGAGAGUUUCCAAAAAGGAAGAAAAUGGAGUUGUUGAGAAAAAUCCCAAGAACCCUGGAAAAGAGAAGACAAGCUCAAUUGUUAGUGUUACAAAAAUGCAAAAUAUGGGUGUCUUACUAGCCGAUGCACUGGAGAAAAUCAGCCAUAAAUUUCCUGCAGCAGCAGCACAAGUGGCACAUCAAAAGCCACAACCAGCCCUGGAGAAGAAUAUAUGGCCCAAAAGAAUUUACGUCAUCCAACAACCUCGGAAAUGUUAAGAUAUAAAGCAAAAUAGUCGUGUCUGCUUGACAGUAAGCUCGUCUAAACACAAUCUGCUACUACAUGCUAUUUGCAAAAGGACCAAAACAUAGGGAAAUAGUUGCUGUCUGAACUGUAUUGUAUUUUUCUUCCAUUUUGGCAAUAAAACACUUCAUAAGUAUA